CCGGAAGUACUUGAAAAUCAUGUGUUAGUUAUUCAGGAAGAAGCGACAGCGUUUAGCUAAACCUUGCAAGCGAUACAGUCAUGCAUAAAUGUACAUUCGGGAGUCUGUUUUUCAUGGCAGGUGUAUCAUCUGUGGCAUCAAUACCUGCAAACUGGACAUUGUCAAUGAAUAUAUGUAAAAUCAACGGCCAAAGACCUGCCAAAGACAAUGAUAAUGUCAAUAAACAUGUCUGGAUUGGAGCAGCCAAAUAUCGUUAUAAUAUGGGUGAGGUAUACUUACAAAUAACAGAAGAAGAUAGAAAAAGAACUUGCACUGGCACAGAUGGUUCCUGUCCGAACACUGACGAUUGCGAGUUUUGUGACAUUCGUAUGCCUGGUUUCAAGCCAUCCUUGAAUAUGCUUUAUAACCUUACACCAAACAUUAAGUAUGUAGUGGCAGAUUUCAGCAGUAUAGAAGAACUUCCAGAGCCAAACCUAUGCUUAUUGAAUACAGUAAACUUUACCAAAGAAUAUGUUUCAUGCAAAAUGAAGUAUGAAGAUGGAUGUAGAUCUACAGACAAUUUCUCAAAUUUGAAGAUAAUUCUUCAAAUUAACCAUAACCGUUCUAUGGAGUCUUCUUCAGAAAGCGGUAAAGUAUGGUGAAAACAUACAUUUUAAGCGUUGAUUUUUUUAAUGUUAACGUUCAAAUCCAUGUACAUGUUUUGCUCAAUUUAAUUUUUUUUUUGUUAUGGACAAUCCAAUUUUACACUUUAAAAAAGCUGUUAUGAAUGAUAAGCAAAUAAUAACUAAUUAAAAAAAGACUGAUUUUUUUUUAAACAGUUUAAGAUGUAAAUAAUUAAUACGGCUGUAAACGUGAAAAUCUUUAGCAGCUUUAUUUUGUCAAAAAUUGGUUUGCGAAAAUUAAAGUACUCCAGUUAACGCAUAUAUUGCAUUUUUGGUGUCUUUCAAGGGUUAAUGAAGUAUAGAGGGAUGCAUCGGUGUGUAAACGUUGCGUUGAUACCCCUGUUUGCAUGUAUCAAGUCGUUGCUUCCUUUUUUUGAAAUCAGUUGUAUAAAAAGUAUUUAGUACAAAUAAUUUAUAUUCCAAUUUCUAUCUAAAGUUUACAAAUCAUUAGUGGUGUGCGCCAGAUUUAAAAAUAUUUAACAAUUUCAAUCACAUUUCGAUGUGUAUUGUUUCUUUAUAAAAUUUUACUGUAAUAAAAACUACAAAAUUUAUGUCACCAGUUUUAAAAUGUUAUCAAACUUUAUUUUAAAAUCUAAUUGGUGAAAAUUUGCACAUGCAAUUCCAUAGUUUAAGAAAAAUGAAAUAUCUGUCACAUCAAACUACAGACCAGUUUUACUGCAGCAUUAAACAUUUUAGAGAGUCAUGUCUAUCCAUAUAUAUAAAAUAUUAAAACCCCAACAAUUUAUUUUAUAAAUAUAAGGCUGUUAUUUCGACUGAAAAAUCUACUUUUACCAACUUUUAGACAAUAAUUAUUCUAUUAUGGAAAGUAGUGAUGAUGGUAAUUACUAUUGUAUUAUUUUUUUUCUGUGAUAUUUCAAAAGCGUUUGAUAGUCUCUGUUAUAAUGGUCUCAUUCAUAAAUUAAACUUAAAAUAUGUAGAAUCUCUAAAUCAAUUCCGGAAUGGUUUAUUAGCUUUUUCUUUAGAAACAGAACAGGAAAGGUUAUGCAUAAAAAAAUAAUCUAUGGGAUACAGAAAUGCUGACGUUCUUUAGGGUAUACUUCUUGGUCUAUUGUCAGUUUUAUUCUUUAUUUUAUGGAAAUUUUUGUACUGAUAACAAUUUAUUACAACAGUGUUUUAACAAUAUUUAUACAAGAUAAUCUUAAUAACAAUCUUCAUUUGCUAAGGGCAUGAUCAAAAUAAUGGCUACAAAGCAAUUUAAUACGAUCAAAACAAAAGUUAUUUCUAGGUGCAAAAAAAUGUAGAGAAAAUUCCUGAUUUAUAUUUAGGUUGACUUAGAUUGUGUUUUGGAUAAUGUUUCAGAGCACACGUAUUUUGGAGUAUUGUUUUCUUUAUAUUAAGUUGGUCUCACCAUAUUGACAUCUUAUGGUUAUAAGCUUAUCAAACUUAGUCCUCUUAAAUUAAUUAAAUUUACUGUAUCCAGAGAUAUUUUAGCACAAACUAUGUUUUGUUUGUAAGAUCAUUACUGUAUGCUGUUGAAAUUUGGUCUGGUAGUACUCAAUUUGAUAUUGAUUAGCUUAAAAGUACUCAGAUAUAUGCGGCAAGAAUAGUUACGCGUCUUGCUGUCAUUUCAAGAUUAUUUUAUGUUUGGAAACCGGAACCAAUAUAAAUGAGACUGGACUGUUUUGAAUUAUCAACAAUGAUCAAAAUUCAUAACAAUCUAUUUCCUCCCUAUCUAAAAGACAUAACUUUUGGCAAUUGUAAGGUUAUUUCCCAUUAAAAAACAUAAAUUUCUCGAGCAAUAUAUUGGCAAGAUGUAGAUAAGAGUUUUUUCCCGAUACUAUAUGUAAGAGGAUUUAUUUGAGUACUAAUAAAGGAGAGUUUACAUUAUUAAUUACUUUUAAGAAAACAUUCCAGGCAAUGUUACAAAGCCCCAAAAGUAUUUUUCUUUUGUUAAAAGAUGUUUAAACAUUAUGAAUACAAAUCAAAGACACAGUUAUAUUCUUAAUGCUAAUCUCCAUCGAUGCAGUAUAUUACCAAGCCCAUUUUUGUUCAUGUGGAGACUUAGAUGCACGUUUAAUUUUUUUAAAUUUUAUAAUAUAAUGUACAUUUAAUAUUUUGGGUGAUAAAUCUUUGUCUGUGAACGAAAUGUGAAUAUGUUUAGAAUAGUAAUUGAGUGAUUAAAUCAGAUAAAAGAAAAGGGAAAGGUAAGUCAACAGUAGAAAAACAUUUUGUUGGAAAUACUUUUUAAUGCUUCUUGUAUUUUUACAAAUGAUAUUCAAAUGCCAUUCAUAUUUUGAAUAUCUACUACAUUCCUUUAAAACAAAACACCUGAUAAUCAUUGUCUUUAUUGAUUUGUUUUCAACAUUAUGGAUUAUUUUCCAUAUUUAAAAUAUUUUUUAUAUUUUGUUUCAUUCCUGUUUUGAUUUGAGUGCAAUAAAAAGUUCCCUUUUUUGUAAUAAAAAUAUACAUUUGUUUACACUCUUUAAUAUUUUCUAAAUGACGAAAUAGAGUUCGGAAUGUUAGCUCAAGCCACUCUGCUCAAAUCUACAUUAUCUUACUGUGUUAAAUUUGUGUUGAAUUUCAGUCCAGCAUACUUAACACAAUUUGCUUUCGUCCUAGUUAGAUUAAAUCAUGCUUAUUUAUUUGAAAAUACUUAUCAUCUAAGCGUCCAUAUUUAAGAUAGUUUAAAACUGAUCCGCUAAAAUUUUCUGUAAUUCAAAUUUUCUGAUAAGGUUAUUAAAAUAAACCUGACCCGACAAGUUAUUUUUAAAACAUUACAAAUGAUUGCACUGCUAUUUGUACAGUCGACCUUUUUGUUACUUAUAAAAACAGAAAAAUAUUCUAACUAAUAACUUAACUAAAGAUGAUUUUAGUUGUAAUGCAAUGUAGAAAUAUAACAUGUAAAUCAUUUUUAGACAAACAUUUGCAGUAUU